AAAGCAGUGGAGCAAACAUGGCGAGAAGAAUCAAAAUGCUGACGUCUCUGGCCAUCUGUGCCGCCCUCACGGUCGUGCUCCUUCCGUUCACGGCGGCCGGCGGCGAGGGCGCGGCGCCAUUCGACUACAAGAAGGCGCUUCACAGCAGCCUCCUCUACUUCGAGGCGCAGCGAUCGGGCCACCUGCCGCACAACCAGCGCGUCAAGUGGCGCGGGCACUCCGGCCUCGCCGACGGCCUGCAGCAGGGUGUGGACCUCGUGGGAGGGUACUACGACGCCGGCGACAAUGUCAAGUUCGGCCUGCCGAUGGCGUUCACGGUCACCAUGCUGUCGUGGAGCGCCAUGGAGUUCGCGGACGACAUUGCGGCGGCCGGCGAGUGGCGGCACGUGCUGGAGGCCAUCAAGUGGGGCACCGACUACUUCGUCAAGGCGCACACCGAGCCGUACGUGCUCUGGGCCGAGGUCGGCGACGGCGACACCGACCACUACUGCUGGCAGCGGCCCGAGGACAUGACCACAUCGCGGCAGGCCUACAAGGUCGACCGCGACAACCCCGGCUCGGAUCUUGUGGGCGAGACCGCCGCCGCGCUGGCCGCUGCCUCCAUGGUGUUCCGCCGCACCAACCCCCAUUACGCACAAGUUCUCCUCCACCACGCCGAGCAGUUGUUCGAGUUCGGGGACAAAUACAGGGGCAAGUACGACAGUAGCAUCGGUGAGGCGUAUAGCUACUACGCGUCGGUGAGCGGGUACGGCGACGAGAUGCUGUGGGCGGCGCUAUGGCUGCACCGGGCGACGGGAAAGGCGAGCUACUUGGACUACGCCGUGGACAUGGCUGAAGAGUUUGGCGGCACCACCUGGGCCAUCACAGAGUUCAGUUGGGACGUCAAGUACGCCGGCCUCCAGAUCCUCGCCACCAAGGUGCUGCUGGAAGGGAAGGCCAAGGCGGAGCACAAGGCGACGCUGGAGAAGUACAAGGCCAAGGCGGAGCACUACCUCUGCGCCUGCCUCAACAAAAACGGCGACGCCGGCAACGUCAACCGCACGGCCGGCGGCAUGCUCUUCGUCCGGCAAUGGAACAACAUGCAGUACGUGACCAACGCCGCAUUCCUCCUCACCGUCUACUCCCGCUACCUCACCUCCGCCGGCGCCGGCCAGGAGCCACCGGUGCUGCAGUGCCCCGAUGGGCCCGCGCAUGCCGACCAGCUGCUGACCCUGGCGCGAUCACAGACCGACUACGUCCUCGGCGCCAACCCAGCCGGCGUGAGCUACUUGGUCGGCUACGGCCAGCGGUUCCCGCGGCGGAUGCACCACCGUGGCGCGUCCAUCGUGUCCCACCGCGGCGACGGCAGGUUCAUCGGAUGCAUGCAGGGGUACGACAACUGGUUCCUCAGGAAGGGGGCGAACCCGAACGUGGUCGUCGGCGCCAUCGUUGGCGGGCCGGACCACCUCGAUAGGUUUAGGGACAGACGCGACAACUACAUGCAAACGGAAGCCUGCACCUACAACACCGCCCCCAUGGUUGGCAUCUUCGCACACCUGCACACCGAAACGCGGUCAUCACCAAGAAAUAUUGAACACAAAAAGUUUUUACAAGACUGAUCUAGCUAGGAUUUCUUUUCUUUUUUGUUGGUUUAGUUUAACUAUUUGGAUUUGCCAUAUUGGUAGAGAGUACGUAGAGAGUGCAGAGUAGUGGUGCAUGUGGCUUCCAGACAAGACAUUUUGGUAGUUGUUCUAGCUAGACCUGGUUAAGCUAAUACAGAAGAAAAACAUG